AUGGUCUCCACCAAUGCCAGACACGACGACAACGUGCAGACCGGGUUCGAGCUCUUCGUCCUUCAGGAAGGGGAGAAGAAAAUUACCGAGAAAGUGGUCAGCGGCAUGUCCAACUGCUCCGAUUUUCUGCUCCUCAAAGAAGACCACACGCUGGGCAACCUCCUUAGCGCUUAUCUCAAGAUGGCGCCGCACGUUUUGAUGGCGGGGUACAAGAUCGGCCACCCCAAUGUGCCCGAAGUCCUGAUCCGCGUCCAGACGGACGGCACCGUCACGCCGCGCGAGGCGCUCGUCACCGUCUGCAAGCAGCUGGUGGCCAUGUACGGGCAGCUCGGCCGCGAGUUCCAGAAGGAGCUCGCCCUGCGGCAGUACGCGGACCAGGGCGAGAACGCUGCUGCUGGCGGCGGCGGCGGCGCUGGCCCAUCGGGGCAGAAUGGGUUCUAA